AUGCCUGGAUUUUCUACAGAAGAUUUUGGCGCACCGCUGAACAAUACAAGAUUCAACAAGAAGAACAAGAAACAACAGUCAAUGGACGCUCACGAGACCCUCGGUGAGAAGAACACGGAGAAAAUGAAACAGACCAAGCACCACAGCAAGAGGAGGAGCUUGGAAAACCUCCAAGACUGCACCGGUCAUAAGAAAACAAACACUGAAGGGGUUAUGGAACCCAAAAAGCAGAGGAAUAACUUAAAAACCAAGACGCGGAUGAGGAUGGAAUAUUUGUAUCCGAUUAUAGACCCCAACAAGAAGAGGAAGAAGCAGGACAUGGAGGGCGAUGAAAACCAGAACAAGAAGACCAAGAAAGACACGGAGGACCACGAGAAGCAGUACAAGAACACGAAGAAGGACACAGACGACCACGAGAAGCAGGACAGGAAGACGAAGAGGGGCACAGAGGACCACAAGAACCAAGACAAGAAGAGGAAGAAGGACACGAAGGAUCACGAGAAGCAGGAAGAGAAAAGCAAGGACAAGGAAGAUCACGAGAACCAACACAAAAACACCAAGGGAGAAGGCAGGAAAAACCGAAGGAAAGGGUGGAAUAUGGAGUGCUGUAAACGGAUUAAGGACUGCAUCAAGAAAUGGAACAAGAAGGAUAAUGAAGACUACGAGGAACAGGCCAAAAAGAGCAGCACGGAGAAACGUGAGAGCCAGGCCAAGAAGAGGAAAGGUAAGAGUAUUGAAGACCAUGAUAGCCAGGCCAAGAAGAGAAAGGGGCAGGGCAAAGAGGACCAUGACACCCAGGUCACGAAGAAGUUGCACGACAAGGAGGAACAUGACAGUCAGGCCAAGAAAAGAAAGAGGCAGGACAAGGAGGAAGAUGACACCCAGGCCAAGAAAGUGAAGAGGCAGGAAAAGGAGAAACUUGACACACAGGCCAAGAAAAGGAAGAGGCAGGACAAGGAGGAACAUGAUACCCAGGCGAAAAAGGGGAAGAGAGAAGAGAAAGAGCCAAAGAAGAGGAGGCCGCUGGAGAAUUAUAAGCGUAUCCUUGAUCACCUCAGGAAGAGGGGAGGGCGGGACAGCAGCAACGUGCUGAAGCUGAAGGUGGAGGCCGAAAGAGUCAAAAAGAAGAGGACCAGCAUCAUGUUCCUGUCACUGGCUAAGAGAGCGGGCCUCCUCACGGGCCGCGAGAAGACAGAAAAAAUACUCUUCUCUACCUGGAAUGGCAUCCUGUUGCUGGACGUGAUCAUGCUCGACGAGGUACUGUUGGUGCUGAAGGACGGCCUUGCGGUCAAUACGCCCAUGUUGGUGUUUCCAAAGGAGGCGGAGAUCACCUCUCGCAACGACGUGAUAGUGCUGUCCAUGAGCCGCCUGCAGGAGGCUGAGAUGCGGCAGGACUUCCAUCACGACGGUAGCAGCACCCUGUUCCUGCGUCACCCGGAACGUCUGCGGCGGAGACCUCAGCCAGGGCGCGAAGGGAAAGUGUUCGCGUUUGCCGCACAAGCACAAGGCGUCGAGGAGCCGCUGAUGGUGCUGCUGGACACAUGCUCUACUAUACCAUUCUCUAUCACCAAGAUCGGCCGGUACAACGUGCGGUGCAGGACAGGAAGCGAGACUGCGCUGCCGACACGAGUCAUUCUGCAGUUUGGCAGCGGCACACUCACAGUGCAGAUGAACACCAACCAGGGGGUUAGCGACUUCGACUUUGUGUUUGGACGACCGCUGCUCUGUAAAUUACGAGCAGCAAUAGAUUAUGUUGACUCGACCAUGACGCUGAAGCUCAACAGAAAACAAUUCUGCCUCGACAUCUUCCCUCACUGA